AUGAGACGUCAUCUAACAUCCGCGACCCUAUGUGAGAUCUGUAAUCAAGCCGAAGAAUCCGCUUUACAUGUAUGUCGGGAUUGUCCCAAGGCAGCGGAGAUAUGGAGACGCCUGGUACCGGGACCAGCUCAAAAUGAAUUUUUCUCCUUAAAUCUGGAACAGUGGUUGGCCUCUAACCUGCUGCUCCCGUCGCUCGUAGGCCGUGACAACUGGGCAUGUUCUUUUGGUGUAAUCGUGUGGAAACUUUGGCGCUGGCGGAAUGAGAGCCUUUUCAUGGGAAAAUAUCGAGACGUUGAUCGUGGUCUGCACGAGAUUUCUAUAUACAUUGAGGGGUUGGAGAGGGUGACUGAGGGCGCCCGGAAGUUGGGGAGACGGACCGGGCAAGAACAUCUCAUUGGUGUGGUGGCCUUUGCUACAUCACUUGAUGAUGUUCCGGGCGUGCAUCUGGGUCUUGUGUCGGGGAUUAAGGAUCUCUUGAGUCGUCAAUCGAAGGUGAAGGUGAAGCACGUUUUCCGUGAAGCGAAUUAUGCGGUCGAUUUUUUGGCUUCCUUCGCAGCGGAAGGCCCUUUGGGGUACCGGUCAUUCGAUGCUCCGCCGGAGGGUAUUCGUCAAUAG